AUGCGGUCCGCUAUCACAGGCUCUCUUCUCUGCCUCUUGUCGGCCGUCGUCCCUGGAACUGUCGCCCUCCCUGGAACACCUAGCACGAGGGCAAAUUCCAACGCGGAGUCCAUUCCCGUGCGCUGGCUCGGAGAUACACCAUCCUACACCGCAGGAACGACGUUCGGACUUCCCUGGCCGCAGGGCAAAUACUACUUCAAUAACACCGCGUUCAGCAUCUCGGGCUUGCAGAGCGGAGAUGCGCCUCUGCACUCCUGGGUCAACGGAUACUGGGCCGAUGGGUCGAUUAAGUGGACAGGGCACGCGCUGCCUGCUGUCGACACCGAGAAUGGGACUGUGGCCGAUGAGUACAGCGUGAGCGUGAAAACAGGAAAGCCUCAGUCGUCGAGUACAGGCGGAGUGAAGAUCCAGAAUACCGCCGAUACAGUUACCGUCGACACAGGCAAAAUCACCGUCGCAUUUCCGAAGAAGGGGGCUAACAUUGUCGACUCGAUAACGACUUCAUCGGGCCAGACAGUUGGGCAGAAUGGGAAAUUGGUCCUGCAUACCCAGUCCGGUGUUGCGGAGGAUGUUGCUGCGCGCGCGAAUGCCUCGAUCUCAUACAGCAAUUUUGAGAGUAGCAUUUCGGGGGUUUCUGUUACUACAGGGAAUGGGACCUCUCGUGCGCUUGUCACUGUGCGUGGCCAGCAUGCACCGAUUACGGGCGACGGCGAGGGGUGGCUUCCCUUCGUUGUCCGGUUCUAUCUUUAUGCGAACUCUGAUGCGAUUCGCAUUGUCCACAGUAUUGUCUUCGAUGGCGAUGCAGAGAGCGACUUCGUCUCCGCGUUGGGAAUCAGGUUUUCUGUCCCCUUGGCUGGCGAAGAGUUGUAUAACAGGCAUGUGCGCAUUCCUGGUGAGGAAGGGGGCUUCCUCCACGAGGCUGUUAAAGGUAUAACUGGCCUACGCAGAGAUCCAGGAGAGGAAGUGCGCGCUGCCCAGGUCGCGGGUGAGAAAUUGCCUGAUGAAAGCGAGUGGGAUGAGCGGGUGACCAGCCGGCUUCAGUGGAUUCCCGCCUGGAACGACUAUAAACUUUCGCAGCUCUCGCCGGAUGGAUUCACGAUUGCGAAGCGCACUAAGGCCGGGCAGGGGUGGGUGCAUAUUCCUGGGGGGACCAGAUCAAAUGGGCUGACGUACCUCGGGGGUGCGACCAAGGGGGGCAUUGCGGUUGGAUUGCGUGAUUUCUGGAAGAGGUUCCCGGCUGGAGUUGAGAUUGCCAAUGCUGGGGAGGAUCAAGGGCAGGUUACCAUUUGGUUGUAUAGUCCCGAGGCGGCGCCAUUGGACCUUCGACCUUACCAUGACGGGAUGGGCCUAGACACGUAUGAGAAGCAGCUGGAUGGGUUGGAGAUCACGUAUGAAGACUACGAGGAGGAUUUCAACACGCCGUAUGGAAUUGCCAGGACCAGCGAGGUAUAUCUGUACGCGUUUGACCAGACACCCGACAGUGACCGACUCGCAACACUCAGCAAGCAUACAAACGAGCCGCCGGUUCUCGUUGCGGAGCCGUCAUAUAUCCGUGAGACGAAAGCCAUAGGGAUUUACUGGAACUUGCCGGAUACCUCUAACGACAAGGCGGCGACUAUCGAGGAGAACCUCGAGUUCCUGGUCGAGUAUUAUGAAGGCCAGGUUGAGUCGCGCAGGUGGUACGGCUUCCUCGACUAUGGCGACUACAUGCACACCUACGACGAGGAUAGGCAUAUCUGGCGCUACGAUGUCGGUGGGUUCGCAUGGGACAACUCGGAGCUGUCUCCUGAUCUGUUCUUGUGGCAGUACUUCCUGCGCACAGGACGCGAGGAUGUAUUCCGUCUUGCUGAGGCCCUGACCAGACACACCGGCGAGGUCGACGUGUACCAUAUCGGCGACUGGAAGGGUCUUGGAACUCGACAUGGGGUGCAACACUGGGCUGACAGUGCAAAGCAAGUCCGCAUUACCCAGCCGCAGUACCGGAAGUACUUCUACUACCUGUCCGGCGGUGACGAGCGCGUUGGCGAGUUACUCCAGGAAGCACUCGACACAGACAAGACGUAUGAAGUUCUGGACCCGAACAGAAAAGUGCGCGAGGACGGCUGGACACCGACUCCAGGUCAACCGGCCACGAUCUCCCUAGGUACCGACUGGGCCGGAUUAGCAGGCGGCUGGCUGAUUGAAUGGGAACGCCGUGGCGCUCGCUGGCAGGAAGCACGCGAAAAGCUGACCCAGACUGCCCGGGGUAUCACGAACCUGACGAACGGCUUUGUCACCGGCUCCGGUCUAUACUCAUCAACCACUGGCACACUGACACCGCCCCCUGCGGAUCUCAACAACACCGGCCUUGUCGAGGUAUCCCAUCUCAACGCCGUUUUCGGUCUGCCCGAAGUCGUCUCCGAGCUUCUGGACCACUGGGCUGACGCUGCCCCGGAUCGCCUCAAGGACGCCUGGCUCGAGUACUGUUACUACUAUUCGGCAUCUGCAGCGGAGCAGAAAGCAAGGUACGGGGAGGACUUUGGCAGUCUGAACUUGAUCCAAGGCCACUCCCGGUUGACUGCGUAUUGGGCGCACGACCAGGAUAACUCCACCGUGGCCGAGCGUGCGUGGAAAGAGUUCUAUGUUAACAAUGACGGCUUCACGGCGAAUGAGACUUGGACUAGCGAGGAGGUUAAUGGGAGUGCGGUCCUUAUUCCGGUGCAGGAGGCGACGUUUGUCAGUACAAAUGCGGUUGCGCAAUAUGGACUCGCAGCGAUUCAGAAUCUGGCGCUGGCUGGGGAUGCCUUGGAGGAUUCGCCGUAUCCCAAUUAA